ACAGGUCUUAUGGUCGCCUGCUACCGCGGUUUUGAGAAUGUUGUGGCCUUGCUCAGCCGCUGCCCUUUCCUCGAUGUGAACCAGCAGGAUAAGGAAGGGGACACAGCCCUCAUGCUGGCUGCCCAAGCAGGUCAUGUGCCUCUGGUGAGUCUACUGCUCAACUACUACCCAGGCCUGGACCUGGAGCGCCGGGACCAGCGGGGGCUAACGGCACUGAUGAAGGCCGCCAUUCGGAACCGUUCGGAAUGUGUGGCGGCCCUCCUCCUGGCAGGUGCUGAGCUGACAGCGGUGGAUCCUGUCCGGGGCAAGACGGCCCUAGAGUGGGCAGUGCUGACUGACAGCUUCGACACCGUGCAAAGGAUCCGGAAGCUGCUGCGGCGCCCCCAGAUAGAGCAGCUCAGCCAGCAUUACCAGCCCGAGUGGCCAGCCCUGCCUGGGCUCGUGGCCCAGGCCCAGGCCCAGGCCCAGGCUGCCCCAUCUCUUCUAGAGCGACUCCAGGCCACCUUGAGCCUCCCCUUUGCCCGGUUUCCUCAGGAGGGGGGUGUCCUGGACCACCUUGUGACCAUCACGACCAGCCUGGCCAGUCCCUUCCUCACCACUGCCUGCCACACCCUGUGCCCUGAGCACCCACCUGCACUGGGCACCCGAAGCAAGUCUGUGCCAGAGCUGCUAGGCACUGCCCCUCCCCCGCCCCCAGAUCCCCAGCCCCCCCAGGUAGCCCCUGGCCCCCGGGCCCUCAUCCCCUACCAGAGCCCUCAGGGCGUGUUGAGUAUGUGCCCUCAGUGGCUACAACCCAGGGACGAUAGCAGCCCCAGGCCCCAAGCCCCAAAGAUCCGCCUCUCCAAGGCACCCUCAUCUCCCAGACAGCACAAGCCAGAGUCCAGGCCUGGAGAGAAUCGAAGGUUGACCCUUCCUAUCUGGAGAUAUCAGGAGCUCAGGAUGGAGAGGAGGAAGCAGGAGGAGGAGGCCAGGCGGGCACAAAGUCAGGGAAAGAUGGGCUAGGCCAGGCUGGGAGCAGGUGAUCAGGUCCCUCCCUAAGGCUCCUUUGCCCUCUGGAGCCCCUUGUGCUCUCCCAUCCAGAUCUGUACAAAUGAUUCUACUCUAAUCUACUUAGGAGGUUGUCCACACAGCGCUAUUUGCAAUACUAAGAGUGGAAACAACCUAAGUGUCCAUCAGCAGGGGACUAGCUAAAUUGCUUAUGGCUGUGAUAAGUAUACAUCCAUAUGAUGUAUUUUAUACAGUGGUAAAACGAGUAAGGAAGCUCUUUACGUUCUGAUAUGAAACUAUCUCUAAGAGGUAUCAAGUGAAAGUCUUCAAUGGGUGGAACAGCGUGUAUGGCAUGCUACUACUUGUCCAUGUAAAAUCUGCACCAAGAGAAACUUGACCAAUACAAAUAUAUAGGGAGUACCAAGAUGUAUUUAAGUACUUGAUGAAUGAAGGAUCAAAGGAGGAAACGAAAAACCAUUACUGACAGUGGAAAUACGAAGCCCAGAAUGAGAUUGAAAAGUUAGGUACAAAAAAAGUUAAUUCUUACCCGGCAAUAACACCAUAACUUUUUUUUUUUUUCUGCCAGACAAAAAUAAAUUGCUGCUUAUCAGUCUUCUACAGGUUAACCUCUUAACUUCCUAUAGAAAAUCUGGGCCCUAAUCGAUAGUAAAUACUAUGUCAGACAAAAUUACUUCCCCUGGAUGACCCAUAGGUGGGGUUAUUAGCCAGUGAUCUAAAACAUCUUGAAAAGGGGCGCCUGGGUGGCUCAGUCGGUUAAGUGUCUGACUUCAGCUCAGGUCACGAUCUCACAGGUUUGGUUCGUAAGGGCUCUGUGCUGACAUCUCAGAGCCUGGAACCUGCUUUGGAUUCUGUGUCUCCCUCUUUCUUUGCCCCUCCCCUGCUCGC